UCGAAAUAUUUUAAUUCCCUGGAAGGAGCAGCUUUCUAUAUGGAUGUCUGAGUUAAAACGCACCACCAUAUCCGACGAGGACGAAAUUUCGUCUAUAUAUGAAGAAAACCAAGCUAAUCUGCAAGAUGUUGAUAAAGUUUUAGAGGAUUUUACGGAGUUUGAGAGCAAUAAGUUAAAUCUUAUAAAGCGCCGAUCAGAUCGCUUUGACGUUAACAACGAAAAUUAUAAGAAAAUAACUCGCUUAAAAAGAUUUGGUCUACCUUUAAAAAGUUCGGUUGGACGAUUGGUUACAGCUUCAAGAAAACUUGAAGUGAAACAAAAAUCAAAUGCCAGCGGACCUGUUGACUCAGAGGAAUUGAAAAAAAGAAAGGAAAGAGCCCGAAGAUUUGGACUGUCCAACUCGCCCAACUUCGCUAAGUUUGAAGAGGAAACAAUUAGGAAGAAGCGAGCUAUCAGAUUUGCCACUCAUUAAAGGAAAGAUUACAACGAACCCAUUUCAAUUUUCCUUAUCUUUAUGCGG